AGUUGAUUUUCAAACUGUUUGUGUUGCGGGUUGUGUCUUGACGAUUAAAAACUUUUUCACACGGAAAUGCAGUUCGAAGAAAAUAUCAUUCACCGUCCUGCACCGAAGGCACUGAAAUAUGAUGGGGAAAAAUCACUCGGUCAUUUGAUUCUCAAGCAAUUGGUUAAUGCAGGUGAUAAUACCGUCAUUGUAUGUGGCCUAACUGGAACAACAUUGUCCGCCGCUCAACUACUCGAAAAAAGCAUAGAAAUUGCUAAGGCGUUGCAGUCUUCGGGUAUCGAAGAGGGCGAUGUAGUGUCAAUUAUGUCCGAAACCCGAUUCGAAUUUGUCUUCGUUUUGCUGGGAUCAAUUUUCAUGAAUUGCGCAUUUGCCCCUCUAAACCACACUUACAAUGAACGGGAAGUGGAACAUGCCGUGAAUUUGUUUAAACCAAAGUUCAUAUUUGCUUCUGGUGCUACUAGUCGUAUCAUUAUGAAAGCUACUAGAAAGCUAUGCUGCGUGAAGAAAUUUAUUUUCUUCGAUGAAUGUGGUGAUAGUGAUAGGCCAAUCAUUGACUCGUCAGCAGUAAUAAGCUUAAAAGAUUUUGUAAAUCAGAUUGUCUCAAAAGAUUUGCAUUUUGAACCAAAAGCAGUGAACAUUUCGACUAGUAACUGUCUGAUCUUGUGUAGCAGUGGUACUACUGGCUUCCCGAAAGCAGUAAAGUUAUCUCAACGUGGAAUUUUCGCGUCUCUUAACGACUUCGAUUCAUUCAUUCUCACAAAACAGAAUGUGGGUGAUGACCCGAUCACCAUUUUGGGCUUACUUCCCAUGUUUCACGUUUUAGGCAUUGCAGUUUUGAUUGUGUCGUUGGCCACACCAUCCUCAAAACUUAUUAUGUUACCCAGAUUCGAGGAGAAGACUUUCCUUGGUUGUGUCGAGAAAUAUGGAUGUUCAGUGACAUUCCUAGUGCCACCUCUGUUCGUUUUUCUAUCAAAGCAUCCCUACGUCGACAAAUACAAUCUCAGUAGUUUGCGUUUACUUUUCGUGGGAGCAGCACCUCUUUCCAAGGAACUAGAACAAUCCGUUAUAGAUCGACUAAGAAAUCCAAAAUUGAAAAUCAGACAAGGAUACGCAAUGACCGAGUUGACUAGUGCUUUAAUGCAAAAAGAAAUACUGAAGGCCGGUAGUGUCGGAGACGUCAAUUUGAAUGUUUAUGCAAAGGUGAUCGACGAAAAUAACAGGGCUUGCGGGCCGAAUAUCGUAGGCGAACUUUGUUUCAAGGGCAACGGAACGAUGAUGGGCUACGUUGAUGACGAAAUUGCUACAAAAGCUUUAAUCGAUGAAGAUGGUUGGCUGCAUACCGGAGAUGUAGGCUAUUACGAUACAGACUUACAGUUCUUCAUUGUCGAUCGAAUUAAGGAACUCAUCAAGUAUAAAGCGUUCCAGGUAGCUCCUGCUGAAAUUGAAGCUUUACUGUUAACUCAUCCGAAAAUACACGAUUGUGGAGUGAUUGGAAAACCGGAUGAAUUCGCUGGCGAGUUACCAAUGGCAUUUGUAGUCAGAGCAGAUUUAAAUUUGACUGAAGCGGAGAUUGUUAAAUACAUUCGUGAUAGGUCCUCGCCGGCGAAGAGACUUCAUGGUGGUGUACGGUUUAUUAAACAAAUUCCUAAAAAUCCAUCCGGCAAAAUUCUUAGACGAGAGUUGAGAACGAUGCUUGCAAAGGGUGAUAUCAAAUCGAAACUGUAAUCAAUAAAAACUCCAGUUAUGUUUCUC